UAAGGUUAUUUUAAGCAGCGUUGACAUGUUCCUGUCAGUAAUCUGAACUUUGAUCUGCAUUGUCCAUUGACAAUCGAACAACCGAACGGGGCAUGGUGACGAGUAUUCCACUUAAAGUAUAAAAGGGAAGAACAGUUUUUCUUUUAUCAAAGUUCAGUCAGCAGCUAGGUCCAUACGGUUAGCUGUUACGUAAGCUCGCGAGAAUCCACCAUGUCUGAAAGUCCUUCAACGAAGCGAGGUCUCUUCCACAGGAAAAUUGAAAAAAAACACGGUGAAAAAUCUCCUGCAUCAGAAAAGACGAAAAGACGAAAGCAUAAACGGGAAAAGUCGAUGGCAUCCUCAGAGGCUUGGCGCCUCGAAACCCCUGAAGAGCACUCAGAAGCUGAAGGAGCCACAGCGGAAAUCACUUCAAACGUCAAGGCACCGAAAGAAAAGAAAAAGGCCAAGAAUCUAGCCCACCGGUUAUCAUUUGGAAAAGGAAAGAAGAAGAAAAUACGCUUCACUGAAGAGAAAGAAAAUAUCUACCUGGAAGAGCCCGCUCCUUACUCUGUUGAAUGGGAGCUGCCGGGAGGAGACAGCGUUAAGGAAGGAAUUGUCCAACAGAUGGUCAGCCAGAUCGAAGGCAUUUCAGAACCUGAAGUUGAAGAAUCUUGGCCGGCCGCGGUGACUACAAUCAAUGUGCCCGAAGAUGUCGGCUCCGAAAUUGAAAGCUUGGUCCCUGUUCCGGCGUGCCCCACUGUAGAGGAUAUCAGCUCAGUGAAAACAACCAUCCAGGCUGAACUCGAGGGGCCUAAAGAGAUCGUCCCGUCAACUGGGAUCCUUGGGGAAGCAUUCACGAAUUUGAAACAACUAGUGAUAAACAACGAAAAUCUUCUUCACGUGAAUCCCUCCGGAAGUUUCCAAUACGUGGUAAGCCUAUAUUCUUCCGAUUUCGGCCUCGCCAAGCUUAUUGGCUUCUGGAGUUUUCUUCUGAACCGGGCAAGCGAAGCUACUAGACAGGUUUUGGUGUACUUUAUCACCUCCUUAAUCAAGAAGUAUCCACAAUGCUUCAAAGUUCACUUAAAGAAGAUAAAAGAGCACCAGAGAAAGAAACUCGAGGCAGCAAAACAGGAGAUAAAAGUCGCUGAGACACUUAUAGAAUAGUUGAUAGAAACUGCACUAACGAUAUCAAAAUCUCAGUAACCUGCGUGGAUUUUUAAUUGCAGUGACCAUUUGCUCAUAAUUACAAGCGCAUGCUGUAAGAAUUCAGUAUGUUUUCACUAUUACGUCGUAUCAGAAAGAAGUUAAUACAAAGUGCAAAAGAUGAGUGAUCAAAUCGAUGGUAAUCUGAUGAGAGAUCACUUGAUACGGUGCUUAGAAUUUCUUCACGAUAUCAAAAGGUCGCUGUGUGCAAGUCACGCGUCCAAAUACGACACCAUUAACGUGAACAAUCACUACGUUGAAAAACAAAAAGCAAAUUUAGAAGCGUUUUUCAUUUUGACCAAGGGAGCAAUUAUUUAAAAUUUUGGUUGUAAAGCGUUGAGCUUUAUGCUCAAUGCAAAUACUUGAAAAGGCCAUCCAAGCAAAUUAUUCGCAAAUCAGCCAAUGGGGAAUGAGUGGUGAUAGAACAGCUAGCUUCUUAUAAUUAAUUUGCCAGAAAUUUGUUGAUACCGUCCGUGGUUUCUAUUUGUCAAUUUGUGCAGGAUUUUUUCGGAUGGCUUAUAAGAAAUAUUCUGAAAAGUUCCAUUUUAAAUGUCCACCAUAUCUACUGGUACAAAGCUUUAUUAGCACUAACAAUUGUUUAAAUGUUUUUCGCUGUUUCUGACAAGCUGUUGUCCGAAUGGUUUGGAUUUGCUUCAUUCAUGCUUAAGAUCACGAGGCUAGCCUAGCUGACUUGUAAAAAAUAGAACACCAGAAAAAUAAACCUUGUUGUUCAGUGAUCAGACUU